AUGAAAACCAUCGGCCUAAUCGGCGGCCUCGCCUGGCCCAGCACCAUAACCUACUACACCACCAUCAACCGGCUUGUAUCUCAGUCCCUAGGCCCGCACCACAGCGCGCGCCUCAUCCUCGCCCAAACCGACUUCCACCCCCUCCUCCAUUUUAUCCGAAGCAAAGACUGGCCCUCCCUUGCAAAGGAACUCCUAGCAUUAUGCAAGCAGUUAGAAAAUGCCGGGGCCGAUUUCAUCGUCAUUGCGUGUAACACCGUGCACAAGGUUCUCCCGCUUAUCGAGGAUGAGAUUUCUCUGCCGGUGGUGCAUAUUGUUGAUGCGACAGUCGACAAAAUCCAGGAAUUGGGCAUACCUAAGGUUGGACUCAUCGGGAGCCCGCUGACCAUGACAGAUGGGUAUUUUGUGGAGAGGCUUGUGGAGAGGGGUGUCGAGGUUGUUGUUCCGGAUGAUUCGGAUCGCAGGAUGAUUCAUCGGGCGCUGGGGGAGGAGUUCGCGCUUGGGAUCUUUUUGCCGGAGACGAGAGAGAGGUUUCUGGCGGUUAUUGGGCGGUUGGUUGAGAGGGGUGCCGAGGGGGUUGUGCUGGGGUGCACGGAGUUUGGGAGGUUGUUCGAAACAGGGGAGAGUGAGGAGGGAGUGCUGUUGAUUGGUACGGCGGAGGUGCACUGUGAGGUUGCUGUGAAGGUGGCGCUUGCAUAG